AUGUCAGAGCGUCCCACCGGCCUCAAGGCAAACAAGGGCAUCGAGCUCCUUACCUUUGGCACACCCAAUGGCGUGAAAGCUUCCAUCAUCUUGGAGGAACUCAAGGAGGCAUACGGCAUGGAUUACACAUGGCAAUCAAUCAACAUCAUGCAGAAUAUACAGAAAGAGCCUUGGUUCACAAAGCUGUGUCCCAAUGGCCGUAUUCCCGUCAUCGUCGACCACGACAAGGGCGGCUUCGCGGUUAUGGAGGGUCUCGCAAUCCUCACCUACCUGACAAGGACCUAUGAUCCCGAGCAUAAGUUCUCUUUCACAGACCCGCUAGACAUCAGCCGCGCAGAGCAGUGGAUGGCAUGGCAGCACGGUGGCCUCGGUCCCAUGCAGGGCCAAGCGAACCAUUUCAAUAGAUUCGCUCCCGAGCGCAUCCCUUAUGGCAUGCAGCGAUACACUGGCGAGACGGAGCGCCUUGUCGGCGUCCUGAACACCGCUCUCGAGGGCACCGACUACCUUGUUGGCAACAAGUACUCUAUCGCGGAUAUUGCGUCUUAUGGAUGGGUCUCAAUGCUUCGGUUCUCAGGGAUUGAGAUCGACGACUUCCCGAAUGUCAAGGCGUGGGCGGACCGCAUCGGCGCGCGACCAGCAGUUCAGAAAGGAAUGGCUGUCCCAUCAAAGUCGCCUUUCGGUAAUGACACAUAUUCACAGAAGCUGAAGGACGACAAGGAGUUCGCGGAGAAGGAGGAGAAGGUGAAGGAACAAAUCAAGGCCGCGAAGGAGAAGUACGGAUACAAAUAUGCCUCCCCUUGA